CAACUUUUCGACACACUAAUUUAUUAAUUAAUUAAUUAAAAUAGUUCGAUGCAGCAAUAUAAUUGGUCAAGUACCGUGUAGGUGAAGAUCCAUAGUAGGUAAAAUUAGUCUUACCACUCUUUCUUAAUUUCUUGUAAUAAUUUGCUUCACAUCAUCAUCAUCAUUUAUAUUCCAAAUAUUGUUCCUAACCUCAAUUAGCAACACUCAAAACUUUUGCUAAUUAAAUCUCUCGUUGUUCGUACUUCUUUUCUCUCCGUCCGUCCGUCCAUCAUGUGAUCAACAAGUAAGCAAAAUCGCUCCAUUUUCUCGUCGAACAAACUAAAACUAGGGUUUUUGUUGAAUUUCAUCCUCAUUUCUUUGACACAAAUAUCUAACUAGCUAGGGUUUUUUUUGUUGGUGAUCUAUUAUUAAUUAUUUCCAAUAUUUCUUGAAAAUAAUAUUCAGCUAACAUACUAGGAAGAAAAGAACAAAGCGACACGAGAACUAGGAGGCCGGAGCAAGAUAAUUAUCUAAUUAAUUAUGGAAGGAAGAGAUCAAGCAGUAGUGAUGGAGGAGAAACUGCCACCUGGAUUUCGAUUUCAUCCGACCGAUGAAGAGCUGAUAACGUACUAUCUGAUCAACAAGAUUUCCGAUGCAAACUUCACAGCAAGAGCCGUGGCAGACGUCGAUCUCAACAAAUGCGAGCCGUGGGAUCUUCCAGGGAAGGCAAAAAUGGGAGAAAAAGAGUGGUAUUUCUUCAGCCUGCGCGACCGGAAAUAUCCGACCGGAGUAAGGACAAACCGAGCCACCACCACCGGAUAUUGGAAAACCACCGGAAAAGAUAAGGAGAUAUACAACAGCAACACAUCGGAGUUGGUCGGGAUGAAGAAAACUUUGGUCUUUUACAAAGGAAGAGCUCCUAGAGGCGAAAAAUCGAACUGGGUCAUGCACGAAUAUCGAUUUCAUUCCAAAUCUGCUUAUCGAACCACCAAGGUAUACAUACAUCAAGAUGAAUGGGUGGUGUGCCGUGUGUUCCAGAAAAGUGGUGGUGGAGUGAAGAAAUUAUACAGUUCAAACCAGUUAUCAAGGGCAGUUAUUAAUAAUCCUAACUACCACUACACUAAUGAAAUAUUAUUACCCCACAGUACUAAUAAUAAUAAUAAUCCCAUGCAAUUAUUACCACAGUUAUUCAUUCAGCCACCACCACCACCACCACCUGAUAAUAAUAAUUUCCACUUCCCAUCAAGAAACUACUACAAUAAUAUCAUCACUCCACCACAUCAUAAUCACAUUCAAGAUUUCAACAAGGUUUUCAACGCCGCCUCCACCAGCACUGCGGUCAACUAUGCCGCCGGGGGAGGCGGCGGCUGUUUCACUAUCUCCGGCCUGAACUUGAACCUAGGUGGUGGUGCCGCGGCGGCUCAGCCGCCACUCAUGAACCAACAAAUUAAUGUGGGCUCGUGCGUUCAUGGGGGUGCAGGAGGAUAUGAUCAUCAUUUGAUCGACGGUGGAAACACGCCGAACAAUAAUAACAGGUUUAUGGAUCAGUGUGGUGAUUUGGAUAACUAUUGGCCUUCUUUUAAUUAA